AGGUUAAUUCCAGCCUAGUGUUUCCACCAUUUCGAUCUAGAUGAAGCUAUUUCAGGAAAAUCUUAGCGCCAGAUAACUAAUUACUACUCAUUUAACAGUGGAAGCUUCCACACACUAUUCAAAUUGACCCCAUCCUCCUCCUCUUUCUCUCUCUAAAUACACACAAUUUCUCUCUCUCUUCGAAAAUUGCAAACGUCGCUCCGCAUGUUCUAUGCGUGUUUCAAAACACUUGUUUCUUUGAGAGCUCUCGUAGCCGAUCACUCACACAACAAAAAACAGAAUUAAGUUCGCUUUGCUGUAGAUUCGUCAUGUUUUUGAUACUUUUCAUUUUUCACUCAUAUAUAUAAUAACAUACAUACACUUUAUAUAUACCAUAUACAAAUCACAUUGUUGAUGAGGAUUUGAGUUUGUUAUAGAAUUCAACUUAAUUUUUUUUUUUUUUUUUUGGAGUCAUUUCACACACACACACACAAAAUAUAUAUAUAUAUCGAAUAUAACUGCACAUUCCGUCAACUUCUUGUUAAAAUUGGGUAGAUUAAGAUGGCGGCGACGGCUUUGGCCGGCGACGAUCUGGCUCGAUCGGGGAGUACGAGGAGCUGGAGGUCGUCGAGUAUCCGGGACGCGUGGCAGCAGCAGCCGGACGUAUUCAGCCGGAGCGGGAGCCGGGAAGACGAUGAGCAGGAGCUGCGAUGGGCGGCGAUUGAGAGGCUUCCGACGUACGAUCGCCUCCGCAAGGGAGUGUUAAGCCGCGUGCUCGAUGAUGGAAAUGUUGUUCACAAUGAGGUGGAUCUUAAGAAGCUUGAAGACAAAGAUAAGCAGCAUUUAAUGCAGAACAUACUCAAGGUGGUCGAAAAAGAUAACGAGCAGUUUCUCAGAAAAUUGAGGGAACGAAACGACAGGGUUGGGAUUGAGAUUCCGAAGAUUGAAAUUCGGUACGAGCACUUGUCGGUGGAGGGAGAGGUGCAUGUUGGGAGCAGAGCACUUCCCACUCUGUUUAAUGCUAGCAUGAACGCAAUUGAGAGCCUUCUUGGAUUGAUAAAGCUUGCGCCAUCUAAGAAGAGAAAUAUCAAGAUACUUCAAGAUAUCAGUGGAAUAGUAAAACCAACAAGGAUGACACUGCUUUUGGGUCCUCCAGGCGCAGGAAAGACUACAAUGUUAAUGGCACUUGCAGGGAAGCUUGAUCUCGAUCUAAAGGAAACUGGUAAAAUCACUUACUGCGGUCAUGAAAUGAAAGAAUUUAUUCCACAAAGGACAUGUGCUUAUAUUAGUCAACAUGAUCUUCACUAUGGAGAGAUGACGGUGAGAGAGACAUUCGAUUUCUCGGGACGCUGUUUGGGAGUUGGCACAAGAUAUGAAAUGCUAGCGGAACUUGCCAGACGAGAAAAACAAGCAGGGAUCAAACCAGAUCCUGAGAUUGAUGCAUACAUGAAGGCAAUAGCAAUGGCAGGACAAAAAUCCAGUUUGGUUACAGAUUAUAUUCUCAAGUUACUUGGAUUGGAUAUUUGCUCGGAUACUAUAGUUGGUGAUGAAAUGAGAAGGGGCAUAUCUGGUGGACAAAAGAAGCGUGUGACUACGGGAGAGAUGUUGGUUGGACCAGCAAAAGCUCUUUUUAUGGAUGAAAUAUCAACUGGAUUGGACAGCUCUACCACUUUUCAAAUCGUCAUGUACAUGAAGCAAAUGGCUCAUGUUAUGGAUCUAACCAUGAUCAUAUCUCUUCUGCAGCCAGCUCCUGAAACAUAUGAUCUUUUUGAUGACAUUAUCCUACUUGCAGAAGGUCAGAUUGUCUACCAAGGUCCACGUGAGAAUGUCCUUGAAUUCUUUGAGCAUAUGGGUUUCAAAUGUCCCGAAAGGAAAGGAGUUGCUGAUUUUCUCCAAGAAGUAACUUCCAAGAAGGACCAAGAACAAUAUUGGUUCAGGAAGAAUCAACCUUACAGAUUUAUCCCAGUUUCCGAAUUUUCUCAGGCUUUUAACUCGUUCCGUAUAGGCCAGCAGCUUGCAGCAGAUCUUAGUGUUCCUUAUGAUAAAUCCAGAGCCCACCCAGCUGCGUUGGUAAAGGAAAAGUAUGGCAUCUCUAACAAGGAACUAUUUAAGGCGUGCUUUUCGAGAGAGUGGCUGCUGAUGAAGCGCAGCUCUUUUGUAUACAUUUUCAAGACUACCCAGAUUACAAUUAUGGCACUAAUUGCCAUGACAGUGUUCUUCAGGACAGAAAUGCAUCCUGGCUCUUUAGCAGAUGGAGGAAAGUUUUUUGGAGCCCUUUUUUUCAGUCUCAUUAAUGUGAUGUUUAAUGGGAUGGCAGAGCUUGCGAUGACUGUAUUCAGGCUUUCUGUCUUCUUUAAACAGAGGGAUUUCUUGUUCUAUCCACCAUGGGCUUUUGGCUUGCCAAUUUGGCUCCUCAGGAUCCCUAUAUCAUUCAUUGAAUCAGCAAUAUGGAUCAUUUUAACAUAUUACACGAUUGGGUUUGCUCCGGCUGCCAGCAGGUUUUUCCGACAAUUCAUUACAUUCUUUGCUAUCCAUCAAAUGGCUCUGUCCCUCUUUCGCUUCAUUGCUGCUCUUGGAAGAACACUGGUUGUUGCAAACACGUUAGGCACCUUCACCUUGCUAGUGGUUUUUGUGCUUGGAGGAUUCAUUGUUGCCAAAGAUGACAUUAAGCCGUGGAUGAUUUGGGGUUAUUAUGUAUCUCCGAUGAUGUAUGGACAGAAUGCCAUAGUCAUGAAUGAAUUUCUUGAUGAAAGAUGGAGCAUUAAAAAUAUGGACCCACGAAUUAAAGAACCUACUGUUGGUUUAGUCCUUCUCAAGUCAAGAGGCUUCUUUACAAAGGAUUAUUGGUUUUGGAUUUGUGUUGGAGCACUUUUGGCAUUUUCGGUUCUCUUCAACAUUUUAUUUAUUGCAGCACUCACUUUAUUGAAUCCUCUUGGCGAUUCAAAAUCUUUAGUCGUCGAUGAAAAUGAUGGCAAGGUCAAAAAGUCGUCCUCUAGACAAGAUAGAGCAAAUGCAUUUGAAGGUAUUAAUGCGGCAGUUGGGAACGCUUCAAGGGGUAGUGACUCAACUGCUAAUGUUGGAAGAGGAAUGGUUUUGCCCUUCAGACCCCUUUCACUUGCAUUCAACCAUGUGAAUUACUAUGUGGAUAUGCCUCCUGAAAUGAAAAGUGAAGGAAUUGAAGAGACUCGUCUUCAACUGCUACGAGAUGUUAGUGGUGUUUUCAGACCAGGGAUAUUGACAGCACUGGUGGGGGUUAGUGGUGCUGGAAAGACCACGUUGAUGGAUGUGUUAGCUGGAAGAAAGACUGGCGGGUAUAUUGAAGGAAGUAUCAGCAUUUCGGGUUACCCAAAGAACCAAGAAACAUUUGCUCGUGUCAGUGGCUACUGUGAACAGAAUGACAUUCAUUCACCUAAUGUUACUGUUUAUGAAUCUCUUCUAUACUCAGCUUGGCUCCGCCUUCCCUCGGACAUAAAUACAGAAACACGAAAGAUGUUUGUUGAAGAAGUAAUGGAAUUGGUUGAGCUUGAUCCAAUAAGGAAUGCUCUAGUCGGCCUACCAGGAGUAGAUGGUCUUUCAACGGAGCAAAGGAAGAGGCUAACAAUAGCUGUAGAAUUGGUAGCAAAUCCGUCUAUCAUUUUCAUGGAUGAGCCAACAUCUGGCCUUGAUGCUAGAGCUGCCGCCAUUGUUAUGCGAACUGUGAGAAAUACAGUGGAUACAGGGAGAACCGUUGUGUGCACAAUUCACCAACCAAGCAUAGACAUUUUUGAAGCUUUUGAUGAGUUACUUUUAAUGAAGAGAGGAGGGAGAGUCAUUUAUGCAGGACAUCUAGGUCGCAACUCUAACAAGCUUAUAGAAUAUUUUGAAGCUGUACCUGGGGUUCCCAAGAUUAGAGAUGGUUACAAUCCUGCUACAUGGAUGUUGGAGGUUAGUGCUCAGUCGGUCGAGACUCAACUGAAUGUAGAUUUUGCUGACAUCUAUGCCAACUCCUCCCUCUAUGAGAGGAAUCAAGGACUCAUUAAAGAAAAUAGUACUCCGCCACCAGGUUCCAAGGACCUGCACUUCCCAACCAAGUACUCACAGCCGUUUGCCACUCAGUGCAAAGCUUGCUUCUGGAAACAGCAUUGGUCUUAUUGGAGAAACCCAAAAUAUAAUGCCAUUCGUUUUUUCAUGACAAUAGUCAUUGGUUUCAUAUUUGGUAUUAUAUUCAUAAACAAAGGACAGCAGAUAUCCAAACAGCAAGAUCUGAUAAAUCUCUUGGGAGCUACAUAUUCUUCUGUUCUUUUCCUAGGAGCAUGCAAUGCUUCUACAGUGCAGGCUGUUGUUGCUGUUGAGAGAACAGUUUUCUAUCGUGAAAGAGCAGCCGGAAUGUACUCACCGUUGCCUUAUGCAUUUGCUCAGGUGGCCAUAGAGGUUAUCUAUGUUGCGAUUCAAUGCAUAAUCUACUGUAUUCUUCUGUACUCGAUGAUCGGGUAUGAGUGGAAGGUGGACAAAGUCUUAUGGUUCUACUACUUUGUAUUUAUGUCCUUCGUCAUCUUCACAUUGUACGGAAUGAUGGUUGUGGCUAUGACUCCAAACCACCAAAUUGCUGCCAUAUUGAUGUCCUUCUUCCUCAGCUUCUGGAACUUAUUUUCGGGCUUCAUGAUUCCAAGACCGCAAAUUCCAAUAUGGUGGAGGUGGUACUACUGGUGUUCUCCUGUGGCUUGGACAAUCUAUGGGCUUGUUAGUUCUCAAGUAGGUGACAAAGACAUUCCACUGGUGGUACCUGGACAGGAAAAUGUGACUGUAAAAUCAUUCCUGAAAGGCUACAUGGGUUUCGAACAUGACUUCCUUCCGGUUGUUGCUGUGGCCCAUCUCGGCUGGGUUAUUCUCUUCUUCUUCGUCUAUGCGUUUAGCACCAAGUUCUUCAACUUCCAGAAGAGAUAAAGGACUGAACUGGACUGAACUGAAUUGAGUCACUCAGUUUUUAAAUUUAUAUUUAUCAAGGAACCCAAUUCUGUAAUCUAUUUAUCAAGAAAUGAAGGAAACACCAACACUAACCGUUCCCCUUUUCCCUUCUCUAAUUUGCUAAAUCUUGUAUUGACAUGACAUUCUUUAAUGAGAAGAUGAUGCUAUUUUACUGAGUAAAAUUG